AUGCACAUUACGAUGUACGAUGCACUAGCUGAGAAUAAGAGCGUGAUGGGAAUACGAGAACAGCUAUCAGUCAGCCAGAUAUCAUCUGAACAUAAACCGUGCGCGACUCCAGCCACUCCUCAGAUUACUGCCACCCUUCCGCCACAGAGACCUUGGAUUCCCCUGACAAGACCAAAUAGGAGUCGUCCUACUUGUAUAUUUACGGUUAUGUGUUACAACGUACUGUGCGACAAAUAUGCGACGAGACAGAUGUACGGCUACUGCCCAAGCUGGGCGCUCGAAUGGGAUUACAGGAAAAAGGGCAUACUCGACGAGAUUCGGCAUUACUCUGCGGAUAUCAUCAGCUUACAGGAAGUAGAAACGGAUCAAUUCUACAACUUCUUCUUGCCUGAAUUGAAACAGGACGGAUACGACGGCAUUUUCUCGCCCAAAUCCCGUGCCAAGACGAUGGCGGAAUCGGAGAGGAAAUAUGUCGAUGGUUGCGCUAUAUUCUUUAGAUCUGCCAAGUUUGCCCUAGUAAAAGAACACUUAAUUGAAUUCAACCAACUCGCGAUGGCGAACAGUGAAGGCUCCGACAACAUGCUGAACAGAGUGAUGCCGAAAGACAACAUCGGUUUGGCAGCCUUGUUAAAGACGAAAGAGGCAACGUGGGAGAAUGGUGAGAACUGUCUACCGGCGGAAUCGUCAGCGCUCGCGCAACCUAUCUUAGUCUGCACUGCACACAUACACUGGGACCCAGAGUUCUGCGACGUAAAGCUAAUUCAGACUAUGAUGCUCAGCAACGAGUUGCGCUCGAUACUGGAAGACUCUGCGCGUACGCUGCGUGUAUCCGGACAAAAGGACAACGUGCAAUUACUGCUCUGCGGGGACUUCAACUCGCUGCCAGACAGUGGUGUGGUGGAGUUUCUAUCAUCCGGUCGCGUGUCAGCGGACCACCGCGACUUCAAGGCGCUGGGCUAUGCGUCACUGCGGCGCAUGCCCGGCUCCGAGCACGAGUUCACGCACAACUUCAAACUGGCUUCGGCCUACAGCGAAGACAUCAUGCCCUACACCAACUACACUUUUGACUUCAAAGGCAUCAUCGACUACAUAUUCUAUAGUAAGCAGACGAUGACUCCACUGGGGCUGCUGGGCCCUCUGUCGCAGGACUGGUUCCGUGAACACAAGGUCGUUGGCUGUCCGCAUCCGCACAUACCUUCAGAUCAUUUCCCACUACUAGUUGAACUGGAGAUGAGCCCAACGUCGAGUAGCAACUCGAACGGCCUCAUCGGACGCAGGUAG